AUGUCUGAUACUCAGGUCCUUUUCGUACCUUAUCGAGGUGGCAAACCGACCAAGAAAUCCGCUGGUCAGAUCUCGCAGCAGAAGCAUGCCGCCCGAGAGUAUCACCGAAAAGCCAAGCUAAAGCGACAGUCUCAGAAACCCAAGCAGCCGCCUCCAGAUACGCGGAGAAGCGAAAGUGUCACCUCAGACAGUCAUACUACGGCAUCCAAAGAUGAUGCUUCCGCUUCUUCAUCCACCGAGCUCUCAUGUUCCCUAUCACCCUCCACACGCAACAGCUCGCCCGUCUCUGUCCUUGGCGCUGGCCGGGUCGACCCCUUCGAUUCACGGCCUGUUAAAGAUCUGACACCGUAUGCGCAUCAAAUGGCCGAUUAUGCACUGACGUAUCAGUGGCCAAUCUUCAAGUUCGUCAAUCCUAACCUUACAUACCAAGACAUGAAGACACACAUCGGACACCGCUUGCGCGUGUCGCAGACGUCCUUUUAUACUACGAUUUUUGCUGCCGCCACCCAUUUUGCCUUAUCGCGAGUUGGCGGGGAGGCUCCUCAUCCCAUCUCAAUGCUUCGCCUGGAGUACAAAGACCGGGCUCUUAGGAUGAUGAUGGCUGACAUCAAAUCGACCGGCCAGAACAUGCCUGAUGAAAUGAUGCACGCCAUCUUUGCUCUUGCCAGCUACAGCUCAGCAGAAAGGAUCUUGCCCAUGCCAUCUCGGGACUUGAAGAAUCCUCUGGCAACUAGCUUCGACCUUGAUGUAUACAGCAGGACUCCCGUCGAGCAAGCCCACAUACGAGCUCUGUUCCAGUUAUUGAAGCAAAGAGGCGGUCUGCGAACAGUCCAGCGGCCCGGCUUCGCGACCGUAGUGGGCUUGUAUGUGUCUGGCUUAUCGAAAUACUGUGCCCGGGCUGACAUUCAACAGAUAUGA